AUGGGCGGCGACGACACCACAAUCACCGCGUCAACUGUGCAGGAACUGCCUCAGGUGCACAAUAAUGGCUUCAGCACCAGCCAGCAGAGCGACUACCGCCCGCAAACCUCGUACUCAGACACCGGCUUCUCCCGUCCUGCUCUUCACGGCUCGCACUCUGAGGAUUCUCAGUCGCACAAACCGGCCUUUUACCCACAAUCCGAUGCAGACACCCCGCCGCGAUACGGCUACAACAACGGCCAGCCGAUGGGACAAUCGAUCUCGCGUCCAGGCUCAGGGCUGGCGCAGCCCAGAUACCCAAUCUCAGAGGGCGGAAGCCGCUCCGUGACAUAUCAAGAGCAGAACCAGCGGACCUCGUCGCAACCACAAUCCGAAGCUGCGACCAAGAAUACCAGCGUCGUCAUCAAGGUGGGCAUGGUUGGGGACGCGCAGAUUGGUAAGACAAGUUUGAUGGUCAAAUACGUCGAGGGCAGCUGGGACGAGGAUUAUAUCCAGACGCUGGGAGUGAACUUCAUGGAGAAAACCAUCUCGAUUCGGAACACCGAGAUCACCUUUUCUAUCUGGGAUCUAGGCGGACAGCGCGAGUUCGUCAACAUGCUGCCCCUGGUUUGCAACGAUGCGGUUGCCAUCUUGUUCAUGUUCGAUUUGACUAGGAAGAGCACGCUCAAUUCUAUCAAGGAGUGGUAUAGGCAGGGUAGGGGUUUCAACAAGACCGCUAUCCCUUUUCUAGUGGGUACAAAGUACGACCAUUUCGUGAAUUUCCCACGGGAAGAGCAGGAGGAGAUUUCCAAUCAGGCGAAACGCUUUGCUAAGGCAAUGAAGGCCAGUCUAAUCUUCAGCAGCACGAGUCACAGCAUCAACGUUCAGAAGAUUUUCAAGAUUGUGCUAUCAAAGGCGUUCGAUCUCCGAUGCACCAUUCCAGAGAUAGAGCACAUAGGAGAACCACUCCUGCUCUACCAGUCUGUCUAG